AUGCCUUUGAAAGCCAUAAAUGAUUCAGAUCUCUCUGAUGCUGAGUGCCCUGCGCUGAAAGGGAAGCCCAGUGCAACCCCAAAACCAAAGCCCGAGCCAAAGAAGUUACAGCUACCAAUGAAAGCCAAGUCGGCAGCAAAACCUAAGGCAGCACCUGCUGCGUUGCCCAGUCAGCAAGAGCCAACAGCCCCAGAGCAAACCAAGGUUGCCAACGUUCUGAAACGACCCGCAGCUGCCAAAGCCAACCCUAGCACCGCCGAAGGCCCACCCCACAAGAAACCUGCAGCUGCAAAGGCUACCAAGAAGCCACCAACUGGCCGCGCCUACAAGUACUGCUACCACCAAAAAGAAAUGUAUGGAAUCAAACGGGAUGGGUCAGAACUUUGCACAGUCAAGCUGGAGCCAGGCUUGACAAUGGAUGAGAUUUGUGAUAUUGCCGAGGCAAUUCGCGAAGAGGCAGAGAAAGGUGCUGCCAAGGCGGAUCUCAUCCAGCUUGCGGCUACUAUGAAGCAAAGGAAAUUGGAGGCCAAUGCCGCGCGGACUGGGAAUGCUCCUCAGAGCGCUGGAGGUUUGGAAGAUGGGGACCUCGGAUGCGAUGAUGAUGGCGAGGGCGCAGAGGAAGAGGAGGGUGAAGAAGACCCUGUGAUGGAGUCUUAA